UAAAAAUAAAAAAAAUAAAAGCCAGCAACAGAGAAAUCAAACCAGAAAUCCAAAAGAACCCUUCUCGUCUCUUUCGCUCGCUCUAUCUCUAAAUUUCUUUGGUGGAUUUCUCUUGGCGUGGCGGUGUUGUUGUUGUUGGUGUUCUCUUUGUGAACAAUCUCGUCUUCACAGAUUCAUUAUCUUAUCGAUCUGCAUCUAACUUUUAUUUAUUUGUUUCGAGGGUUCAGAAAAUCAUGAGUGACGAGGGAGAAAAGACCUGCCCCCUUUGCGCGGAAGAGAUGGAUUUGACCGAUCAGCAACUCAAGCCCUGCAGAUGUGGCUAUGAGAUAUGUGUUUGGUGUUGGCAUCACAUAAUGGAUAUGGCUGAGAAGGAUGAUACAGAGGGGAGGUGUCCAGCAUGUCGUAGUGCUUAUGAUAAAGAAAGGAUAGUAGGGACGGCUGCUAAAUGUGAGAGAAUGGUUGCUGAAAUUAAUAUGGAAAGAAAAAUGAAGUCACACAAGGCAAAGACUAAAUCAUCUGAAGGAAGGAAGCAACUGAGUAGUGUGCGAGUUAUUCAAAGGAAUCUUGUUUACAUAGUUGGGUUGCCACUUAAUCUGGCAGAUGAAGAUCUUCUCCAACGUAGAGAUUAUUUUGGACAAUAUGGGAAAGUUCUAAAAGUAUCUAUGUCUCGGACUGCAGCCGGUGUCAUUCAGCAAUUUCCAAACAAUACAUGUAGUGUAUAUAUUACGUACUCAAAAGAGGAGGAAGCGGUUCGGUGUAUCCAGUCUGUACAUGGGUUUGUCUUGGAUGGUAGACCAUUAAAGGCAUGCUUUGGUACAACAAAGUAUUGUCAUGCAUGGCUGAGAAAUGUGCCUUGCAGCAAUCCUGAUUGUCUAUAUUUGCAUGAGAUUGGUUCUCAAGAGGAUAGUUUCACAAAAGAUGAAAUUAUAUCAGCAUACACAAGGGUUCAACAAAUAACUGGUGCAACAAACAAUAUGCAACGGCGUCCUGGAAAUAUGCUACCUCCGCCGGCAGAUGAUUAUUGCCCCAACAGUUCUGCAUCUGCAGCAAAACUGAUUACUAAAAGUUCUCCAAAUAAUACAAUAGUGACUGUUCCUAAAAGUUCUCCCCCAAAUGGAAGCUCUGGUAGAUCUAUUGCUCUUCCCGCUGGGGCAUCAUGGGGAAUGCGAGCUUUAAACCAACCACAACCGGUCAGUUUAGCAUGUACAAAUGGACCUCCUAAGCAGAAUUCUGACACAGUCAGCAGCACAUUACCAUUUUCAUCUGCUGUAACAAACACCAAUCUAGCUUGUUCGUUACAUACUGAUGUUAUAAAGAAGCCAUCUGAGGAGAUUCAUCCUAUGCAUACAAAGGGUAAACCUGAUUUGUUAAAACCUUUGAAACAGAGUGCUGGUUUAGAUUGUCGAAUUGCCACACUAGAGAAACCUACUUCACCUGAACGAGUAACUGUUUCCAAAUCAUUGAGCAACCAGUUAUCUUGUACAGCAGCAGCCAAUCAUGAUGACCAGGGCACUAAUAUACCAUCAACUAUUACAAGCACCACUUUUGGUAAUGGUGGGCAGACUCUUAUUUCCUCUGGUGAGAAAGCGGUGAUAAUUUCCAAUACUGACGGGGACACACAGAGGUUGUGCUCUGAUAUGUCGACAUUGACCUUGGAAGGGAACGUCUUGAAUGGACAUUCUGAUGAAGUUAGACCGAGCAGUUCCUCUUCUGAACAUGGAUGUAGCAGUUCACCCAGUAAUCAGGGGUUACGACAAUCUCAUAUUGAUUACUAUCGAGAACCAUUAAAUACAGCAGCUGCUGGGAGUUCUGUGACAUCUCCCAAUGGGGUGUGCGUCUCAAAAGAGCAGUCUGUUUGGAAAACUGAUGCACGUAUUCAAGCUGAGAAAAAUACAAGUUCUGAAGUAGAGGAAGACGUAUUGUCUUUUGAUAAUCAAAGACUCAAGGAUCCAGAAGUCAUUACUCGUUCAAGUUAUGUGCCAAAUUCACCAAUUUCGCUCCAUUUAUCAAAUCAUUCUAGGUCCCAUUCUUUGCAACAUAAUGAAGCUUUUGGUGCCGUUAAUUUGAAUGCUGAUACUCUCUUGGUAGAUGAUAAAGCAGGUGACAAUUCAUGUCUUCAGGGAGCUAAUGUUUCUUCUUUGUCUAAUGGAUGCCUUGACAAGUACAUAAGCAGUAGUAUUGGUUCUGAUAUUACAAUAGAAGGUCCCCCUCUGCUUUCAAAUGAAGAGAAAGGGAAGCAGCUAGGAAGAAUCCUUGCCAAUUCUCAGAGCAACGAUGCUAAUGAUACUGGAGAGAGCAACAUAAUUUCAAACAUAUUGUCACUAGAUUUUGAUACAUGGGAUGAGUCCUUGACUUCUCCUCAGAACUUGGCAAAAUUGUUGGGAGACAAUGACAAGCAGGCCAAUCCUCUCAAACUAUCUAGUUCGUGGAAAGCACCAAAUCACAAUCAAUCCAGAUUCUCAUUUGCCAGACAGGAGGAUUCUAAAUAUCGUCUCGCUGAUGUUGAGUCCCCUUUUAAUAUUUAUGGGCAAAUGCCACAGAACCAUCCUUCUGGCCAAGAUUUUACAGACAACAGGGAUUCCUAUCUAAGCAAAUUUGGAGUUUCUAAUGGUUUAUAUUCCUGUAACUUUGAGGAAUCUGACAAUUUUUCUAGUAGUCCUUCAGUUUUUUCCAAUAAGCUUUCUGCAGCUUCAAGAGCUCAAAUUCCAGUCCCUCCUGGAUUCUCUGUUCCUAGCAGGGCGCCACCUCCAGGCUUUUCUUCAAUUGAGAGAGUAAACCAUGCUUUUGACGCCACAUCAGGUAAUCAUUUGAUGGACUCUCAAUCCCUAUUAAGAAAUUCUUAUCAGGCUCCUCAAAGUGGCGGUAUUAGUGGCCCUGGGGAUAUAGAGUUUAUAGAUCCCGCAAUUUUGGCAGUUGGUAAGGGUAGAAUUCAGGGAGGUCUCAACAAUUCAGGCUUAGACAUGAGAUCAAAUUUUCUUCAACAGUUAGGUCCAUAUGAAAACGAGGCCAGAUUCCAACUAUUGAUGCAGAGAUCGCUUUCUCCUCAUCAGAACUUAAGAUAUGAUGUUGGGGAUAGCUUUUCAUCUCUGAAUGACUCUUAUGGAAUUCCUUCUAGGCUAAUGGAUCAAUCACAAGUUAACAAUAUGUCAGCAUUUGCACAGUUGAAUCUCCAACAGUCGAGAAAUACACAUAACAUGUCAAAUGGACAGUGGGACGGAUGGAAUGAGGUCCAGGGUGGUAAUGGCCUUGGUGUGGCAGAGCUCCUAAGAAAUGAAAGACUGGGAUUUAAUAAGUUCUAUUCCGGGUAUGAAGAUUCAAAGUAUAGGAUGGCUGCAUCAGGGGAUCUAUAUAACAGAACAUUUGGAUUGUGAUAGUUGUUGGAACCAUGUUUGUUGCUUCUUUGCCAAUAUUAUUGCAUUAUGCUAAGAAGUAGAAUGAAUGCUUUUGCGCAAUCUUGGUUGGCACGUUGUUGAGGAUGGGCAUGUUGACUUGUAACUGGUCUCGUUGGCAUUGGGCUUGGCACCCCCUCAACCGUGAUAGCUUGCCCUAAAAGGAUAGGCGGUGUGUGUGGAACGAGCAUGAGCUGGUAAAUAAGGAAAUAUUUUAGUAAUAUUAGUUCUAUACUGUGCCUGCUUAAUUGUGUGUGGAGCUGCUCGUUUGGGCGGAAAAGCUGGUGGAACCUAUCAAAAUCCAAGGGGUAGGCUUUGGAGGUUCGAGUUUGGGUAAAAAAAAUAGAGGCCGCUGAAAUGGUUACAGCUAUAAUUUAAAAUGUACAUUUUACUCUGCAUUGCGUGUGUUUAGGGGAUUUGGGAUUAUAGGGGAAUAUGAAAACAUUUUUCUUUCUUUAAUUUAUUUCUUGUAUUUCUGUCUGCUACCCAUUUGUCUUUGUGCAUUUUCUCCGUAUCAUAUAAUUAAGUUAUUAUUUAUUGCUUUUUUUUAAA